GAUAUUGAUAUUCCGAUGGUCUUGUUUCUUGGGGAAUUCAGAGUAGUUGGUGUUGUAUCUCAGUCGUCUAUGAUCUUUGGGUGUAUAUACAUGGCAUGGGAUUUUCUUGACAUUGAGGCUCUUUAA